GCAACAAACAACCUAAUCCAAUCCUGAUACGUGUCAGGUUUCCAUACAAACAUCUCGAUUGGUUGCGAAGAAUUAUUACGCAACCACUAAACGUCCAGUUGAUUUUAAGAACCUUUCGACUUUUCUAAACCAGACCUCCAGUUAUUACACUACAUACAACUCUAACAUAAGGAAGAUAUGGCUUCAGAACUACUCAGAAAAGAGGAAACACUGACAAUGAGGAGACAAUUGAUCGGGCAGUCUUGCAGACUUUUUUAUUCAGACGAUCCUGUCAAAAUUGUAAGAGCAAGGGGGCAGUAUAUUUUUGAUGAGAACGACAAGCGCUAUUUGGACUGCAUCAGCAAUGUUCAUCAUGUGGGCCAUUGCCACCCCAGUGUUACAAAGGCUGCAACGGAUCAAAUGGAACUUCUAAACACCAACACGAGAUUCCUGCACGACAAUUUGGUCUUGUAUGCAGACCGCCUGGCUGCCACCUUGCCCGAGAGACUGUCCGUCUUCUACUUUGUCAACUCUGGCUCCGAGGCCAACGAUCUUGCUCUACGCUUGGCUCAGCAGUACACUCAACACGAGGACGUCAUCGUGCUUGACCACGCAUACCACGGUCAUUUGAUGUCCCUCAUCGACAUCAGUCCAUACAAGUUCCGGAAACUGAAUGGACAAAAAGAAUGGGUUCAUGUGGCACCCUUACCAGACACCUACAGAGGCAUCUACAAAGAGGAUGAGCCAAAUCCUGGUCUAUCUUAUGCAGAUACAGUCAAGGACUUAAUAGAGGUGGUGCACAGGAAAGGUCGCAAGAUAUCUGCCUUCUUUGCCGAAUCAAUGCCAAGCGUGGGAGGACAAAUCAUUCUGCCAGAGGGAUACUCCGCUAAAGUGGCAGAGUAUGUGCGCUCAGCAGGCGGGGUGUUUGUGGCAGAUGAGGUGCAGACUGGCUUUGGGCGCGUUGGAAGUCACUUUUGGGCUUUUCAGAUGCAAGGAGCAGAUUUUUGCCCCGACAUUGUAACCAUGGGCAAGCCAAUGGGCAACGGACAUCCCAUUGCGUGCGUAGUAACAACAGUGGAGAUAGCCAGCGCUUUCACUGCCAAUGGAGUGGAGUACUUCAAUACGUUUGGCGGGAACCCAGUGUCUUGUGCAAUUGGUCUGGCUGUCCUUGAUGUAAUCGAGAAAGAGGACCUGAAAGGGAACGCCAAAAGGGUCGGCGCACACCUGAAAGAUUUGUUCACCAGGCUGAAAAGUCGACAUGAAAUUAUUGGAGACGUUAGGGGCGCCGGACUUUUUGUAGGAGUUGAGCUAGUAGAAGACAGAGAACUGAGGACACCAGCCACCAAAACAGCAGCACAGGUCGUGAAAAGGCUCAAAAUGGAGGAUCGAAUCUGUGUCAGUACAGAUGGACCCUGGGAAAGUGUCUUGAAGUUUAAACCACCCAUGUGCUUUAAUAUGGAGGAUGCUGAGCUGGUGGUGCACUGCAUUGAUCGGAUCCUGACAGACAUAGAGGCCAACAUGAAGCUGGAAAAGGAAGACAUCUAGGUUUGUUGAUCCUGUAGAAAAUGUUUUAAUUUGAUCAUACAUUGUCAGACUGUCACAUUCAUUCAUUAAAUUCAGAGGUAGUGAUGAACCAUCAUCUGACAUAAAGAGCAAACGCAAUCAUUUCACACAUCGCCAUUGUCUUAUGGUCUUGAGGGUGGACAAUAAGUUUCCAUACAAUAGGAAAAUAUAAGAUGUAUAUAUAUUUUUUUACAUUUCAGAUGCCUUAGGUACACAAACCAUCCAUCCAGACAUUUCCCAAACCGCUCUUCCUUACGAGGGUCACAUAUGGAAAAUGUAUAUUUUUUUUAAUUUCAGAUUCCCCAGGUAUUAUAGGUACAUAAACAAUGUAUGAAAACUUAUGGGCCGCCCUGUAUUUGGAAAUGUCAAAUCAGAGGCAACUAAGUGUGAUAACAAUAUGGUACUCGAAAAUAAACAAUCAUUUUGGUCCUCGAGGGACUAUGCACCAUUUUGCAAGACUGAAAUCAACAGAUUCAAUCCAUUAGUCCAUCCAUACUUGAUAUGUAGCCUCUGCAGUUAUUUUCCAAUAAAGUGAACAGGUGGUUCUCCUUUUAAUAGUUUGUAAUAAUGUUAUAAUACGUUCACUAAAUACAUGUUAAAGAUUAGCACUUACCAGAUUACACUCACACUAACAUUCGUUCAAGUACCGCAGUUCGACAGCUAGUCGGUUGAAUAUUAAUACUGCAGGUGGUGAAGCACUCUCCCGCAGCUUCCCAAUGAGGCAUCCGUCGCGAUGAUUACUCCAGCUAUAUCAAGCAAGCCAUUUAACAGUACAAACAUUUAACAUUAACUUUACAAAUAAUAACAAAUAGAUCCAUUUGUAAUAUAAACCAAAAGUUUAUUUCUACCAAUUUGCCCAAGACACUAGAGGAAUGAGUAUCCAGUGAGGGAGAGGGGGUGCCCUCUUACAUUUAACAGGCUUGCGUUGAGUUGUAUUACACUAGUAAAGCCACUUAAAAUUGCAGACACGAUUGGGGAAGAAUCUACAUAAAAGCAAACAAAAAACAAACAAACAAAAAAACAAAAAACAA